CCAUCCAGUCUGCCAAUGUUUAUUUUGGGUGCGAAUAGACCAGGUGCAGUCUCGUCUCUCCGUCAGAGUUGGGCCUGAUCUCGCACUCCCCGUCUCACGCCCCCUUACGUUGGGACAAUAUUCAAGAGCCAUUGAAUCGAUUGAAUCCCGGUUCCAACCAUUCACCAUGUCCCUACCCCGCCCCAAAUCGCGUAGCAAUAGCGCCGCCCCUUCUCCGUCCUUGUCCCGUAAGGCGGGCACUCGAUCGCCGGCCACACCCAAGGAUUACCCGGAGGAGACAUUCUGGACGAAAGUGGGCACCCUUGGCCGGAAAAAGAAGACGGAUGAAGUUCAGGAGGUGGAGAAUGAAGGCAAGCACGCCAUCGACUCGCCCGGCAUGCCCAAAUCAGCCGAGAUGCCGCCCGAGGAGUAUCAAUUGGAAGAGAACGAGGAGCGAUCCAUGAUUGAGCCCAAGUCCUUUGAGAAUCCCAAGUUCAAGGAGCUCAUCAAGGUCCUCAUCGAUUGGGUCAACGACGAGCUGCAUCAUUAUCGAAUCAUUGUGCAAGACAUCGAAGAGGAUCUCUAUGAUGGCCAGAUUCUGCAAAAGCUGAUGGAGAAACUAACUGGUCAACAACUGCAAGUUCCGGAAGUGACGCAAACCGAGGACGGACAACGAAAUAAGUUGCGAAUCGUGCUGGGAUUCGCCAAUCAUGUUCUGGGGCUUCAACGAGGACAAGCCAAAUGGAGCGUCGAUAGUGUGCACACCAAGAACAUUGUGUCAAUUCUUCAUUUGUUGGUUGCCUUGGCUCGUCACUUCCGAGCUCCCAUUCGUCUUCCGGAGCACGUGACGGUGGAUGUGGUGAUUGUUACCAAGAGAGAUGGCAUUCUCCUGCAUCGGGUGAUCAUGGAGGAGCUCACCUCGGCUUAUGAUGAUUUGGGGUUGAAGCAGGAACGUGAUGCUUUUGACACCCUCUUCGAUCACGCCCCGGACAAGCUUCAAGUGGUCAAGAAGUCUUUGGUGACCUUUGUGAACAAGCAUCUGAACAAGAUCAACCUGGAUGUAUAUGAUUUGGACGCUCAAUUCUCGGAUGGCGUGUUCCUAUGUCUUCUCAUGGGGCUUUUGGAAGGAUACUUUGUUCCACUCUAUGACUUCCAUCUUACUCCCCAGUCCUUUGAAGAAAAAGUCACCAAUGUGGGCCUAGCCUUCGAGUUGAUGCAAGAUGGUGGGCUGCCCAAGCCCAAGGCCAGACCUGAGGACAUUGUCAAUUUGGAUCUCAAGUCCACUCUGAGAGUGCUUUACAAUCUUUUCACCAAGUACAAGCACCUCAGCUAAUCUACUGGGACACACGGAAUCGAAGCCAGUUUAGACGAUUCUUCCUCGCCUUUUAAGACAAUUACCGCGACUCCUUCUAUUACUACUUCUACUACUACUACCAUCCCUACUGCUGGCCUUACCCAGGGACCCAAAGUCUUAAAUAACAUUAUUAUUAUUAUUAUUACUCUUAGGUUUAUUAACCCACCCAUUGACCCCCGGGGACUCAAACCAUUUGCGUGCCUUAUGUUUGACAUUGCAUGGAAACGAAACUCUGAUAAUAUAUGACUCGUUUAAGCUCUCAAAACAAAUGACCUCCCAACAGUUCAGAGGUUGAGUGAGCCAGGCCCGUUCCUCGCUCUUUUCAAACGAGUCAAAUGGUGCUGUUAAAGAUCUAUGCUUUGGCCAUGGAUCGAAGAGUUAUUGUUUUUAUACAUGUAACAGAAUCUUCCUAAUGUACUACUAGUCCGUAAAUAAACGUACAUCUAACCACAA